AUGUAUCCGACUGCUGCACUUGUCGGUUUAGCUGCUGCACCAUUAUGGACUUCAAAAUGUAGUUAUUUAACUGAUACUGGUGCAAUCUAUGCUGAAAGUAAACUUGUUCAUAAAAAUGUUAUUGUUAAUAGAUUCUUUGGUUUAUUCUUCAUGUUUUUUCAAUCAGCACAAGUAUGGGGAAAUUUAAUAUCAUAUCUAGUACUGAAACCUAUAGAAAUACAAAGGAAUGAAACAAUAACAAAUUCAAUAGGAAAAUAUGAUAAAUGUGGAGCAGAUUUUAGUGAACAAGAAUAUAAAGGUUCUCAAGUUAUUAAUCAAAUUGAUCGAAAAACAGUUAAUAUUCUUUGUAUUGUCUAUGUUUGUAUAUGUAUUUGUUCAAUAUUAUUAGUCAUAAGUUUUCUUAAUCAACGACGAAAAGCAUCAAAAGACAAUAUUUCUCUGAUGUUUCGUCAUUCUGUUACACUACUCGUUUCAACAGUUAAACAUAUGCGUCAUGUCAAACAAUUAUUUCUUAUUCCAUUAACUAUUUGGUCAGGUUUAGAACAAUCCUUUCUCGGAGCACAAUUUACAUUAGGUUUUGUUUCAUGUACAUUGAAUGCAAAAUACGUUGGUUUAAUUUUAAUUGCAUAUGGUAUUUGUGAUUCUAUAGGUAGUCUUUGUUUUGGUCAAUUAGUAAAAUUUAUUGGUCGUUGGUCAUGUUUUCUUAUUGCUGCUAUGAUAAAUUAUUCUUUAAUAAUAACAAUGUUUAUUUGGAAACCAACAGAAAGUCAAAUAAUUGUUUUAUUUGUUUUAGCUGGUCUAUGGGGUUUAGCUGAUGCUGUUUGGCAAACACAAAUAAAUGCAUUUUAUGGUGUCUUAUUUACUGAUAAAGAUGAAGCUGCAUUUUCAAAUUAUCGUCUUUGGGAAUCAAGUGGUUUUGUAUUAUUUUAUAUAAUAACACCAUAUAUUCGUAUAAAAAUAGGAUUAAUUAUUUUAUUAAUAUUUUUAACAUUAGGUAUGACUGGUUAUGGUGCAACGGAAUAUCUACUAAUAAGAAAAAAGAUAAAGGUGGCUGAUGAACCUCGUCCUACUUAA